GCGAGCCCUGCUGUGAAUGAAAAAAACUACAACCACAGCUGUGGGAGUGCACAGAGUCAUGGGUAUCGGGGUCUACCAUAUGCUAUGCAACAGUCUUCCGUUGUGUGUUGUCAGGAUCACAACUAUGGCGCGCCCCCUCCCCCUACCCCACCCGCCUCCCCGCUCUCCCAAACCAUCAUUCCCCGCAUGGAUCUCAACGGCGUGGUACGCGGCUCCCGCUACCACGACGCCAUCGAGGACAACUCAGCGGACAGCGACAGCUCGUCAGAGGAGGAGGGGGCUGUGGCCAGCUGGUGUCACUGCAGCCUGACGCCCGACGGCCUGCUCAUCAAGUGUGACAACUGCAGUGGCAGGGGACUCGACAGGAGGAAAGGAGCAGACGGCCAACACAGAAAAACUGAGAAUGUCUCAGCUGGUGAGAGCAGUGCUACUGAGAGUGGGGACGAAGAGGUGUCGCCCUCCACCGUCUCUUACACCGCCACCCAGCAUACGCCCACCAGCAUCAAACUCACUGUCAACCGGGUCAAAAGGAGCAAAUCCAAAAAAAGGAAGAAGAGCACAGAGAAGGCGCAUGGAACGCCAAAGGGCAAAAAAGUCAAGGCUUUCAGAGAGGGCUCCAGGAAGUCCAUGAGGAUGAAGAACUCCACGACGGAGGCCAGUGUGCUGGAUGAGAACACAGCAGAGGGCUGGGAGAGCAGGAUCCGCCAGUGGACGGACCAGUACGAGGAGGCUCUGAUCAACCAGUACAGCGCUGACGUGCAGACGCUGCUGGAGCUGCACCGCGCCGCCAGCAACACCGUGUCUAAGGCGGAGAGCGGCAGCGCCACCCCCCCCUGCACCACACAGCUCCAUGCCUCAGGCGAUGCGAUGGACACCAUCAACCGCACAGAGCUGGCCUGCAACAACACCGUGCUGGGCUCACAGAUGCAGCUCCAGUUGGGGCGGGUAACUCGGGUACAGAAACACAGGAAGAUCCUCCGCGCAGCCAAGCACCUGGAGCCAGACACACUCAUCAUUGAAUAUCGGGGGAAGGUCAUGCUCAAACAGCAGUUUGAAGUCAACGGGCAAUUCUUCAGAAAACCCUACCCGUUUGUGCUCUUCUACUCAAAGUUUGAUGGUGCGGAGAUGUGUGUUGAUGCAAGGACCUUUGGGAAUGACGCCCGCUUCAUCAGAAGGUCCUGCACACCCAACGCUGAGGUCCGGCAUAUGAUUGCUGACGGCAUGAUCCAUCUGUGUAUCUACGCUGUCAGUCACAUCACAAAGGACGCUGAGGUCACCAUUGGAUUUGAUUACGACUUUAACAGCUGUAAUUACAAAGUGGACUGUGCCUGCCAUAAGGGCAACCAGAACUGCCCGGUGCAGAAGCACAACCUGAGCCCAAGGGAGAACUUGCUCAGCAGCCCCUCCCUGCCUCCCCCCACCCCUCUGGUUGGAGCUGAGACCCGACGGAGAAAAGCCCGGAGGAGAGAGAUAGAGAGCUGCGUCUCUGGUGACAGCAACCAGAACCUGGACCAGCACCAGGAGGCCAAAGACCUGCAGGGGACCAGCGACACAGAGGAGAGACUGCAGGAUGAGCUGAAGGUGGAGGAGGGAGAGGUGGAUGAAAAUGGGGCUGCCAUCUCCAAUAAAAGAACGUGUCACAGUGUGGAGAGGAGGCGUAAGAGAGUGGGAGGAGCAGAGGUGAAGGAGGAGGGUGGGGAAAGUGAGGACGGGGCAGGAAACCCUGCUGGGAACACUCCUCUCCCUCCCAACACUGGAGUGGGGGUCAGCACACGACGCACCUCCUAUGUCAUGGAAGUGCCAUCUAUAGAAGAAAAGACCUCAUCACCCACCCUGCCAGCUCCCCCCGCCCCCCCUAAACCUGCACGACCCAACAAGCCUCGGCCCAAAAGUCGGAUCUCUCGCUACCGGUCCAGUUCCUCCCAGCGUGCCCGGCGGCAGCGCCAGGCUAACGCCCAGCUAGCAGCAGCAGCUGCUGCAGCGGCCGCAGCCAUGGCAGCGACGCCGGCCUCCGCUGACCAGGGAGCCUCUCUGGACGACGAGGCCUCUCAGGGCCCGUACGGGGCUGAGCACGUCCACGGAGAGAGCGGGCUGCAUCUACUCGAUGGAGACAGUCUGAACUGCAUCAAUAGAGGCAAUCUGCGCUACCCCAAGACCAAGAAGUACCUGGUGACUGAGUGGUUGAAUGAUAAGGUCCCCGGAGCAGAGAAGGUCCACCAAGACGUGCCUGUCGAGCGCCCGCUGCGGAUCACCACUGACCCCACGGUGCUGGCCACCACCCUCAACAUGCUGCCCGGCCUCUCCCACUCAUCGCUCAUCUGCACCGCCCCAAGACACUACGUCCGCUUCGGCUCCCCCUUCAACCCCGAGAGGCGCCGACCCCGCCCUCUCCAGAUGGACGGCACUUAUGGCUGCUACAAGAAGAGGUGGAUAAAGCAGGUGGAGGAUGAGAGCUGCUCAGCCAGUGUGGAGGACGGUACUGAGUCCACUUCCUCCCAGCAAAGCACCAGUAGCAGAUCCACCCCUAACCCCCUGUCCGGCGAUGUCAACGCACCGUUUAAGAAGCGCCGCUCCAAGUUCAUGGCAGAGAGGACACCCGCCCCCUCGGACCACCUGCUCCGCCCGCUGUCCCCCAUCUCUCCCCCGCUCCCAGAGGACUCCCUCCACUCGCAGCUCCUCACCCCCUGUGGCUCCCUGCUCCCUAACGGCCUGGCCUUCUCCCCCAUGCCCUCCCUGCCCGCCAGCCGCUGCAACACACCCCUGCAGUUUGAAAACAUAUCUUCCCCUGAGGCCUCUCCUGUUUACCGGCCCGAGUCCAUCUCUCCUGAGCCGUGUCUCCAGACAGACUUUGACCUCGCUCGGCCUCAGUUCCCGGACCUGUCCCUCCCCUCCAGCCUGGAGAGCCCUGUGGCUGUGACCUCCGAUGACUUUUCCCUUCCUGGAGGCCCUUCAGAUUCGCAGGGCCAAUCAUCUGUAGGGGCCUGUUCCCUGAAUCCUGCGUCCUGUCCCUCAGACCUUACCUCACAACAAAACAGGGAGCAGGCCUUCAGGACAGAGUUCAACCUCAUAUACACCUGCUCGCCCCUCAACGCAAACCUGGGGAACCCCGUGGCCCCCGAGCGCCACCUCUCCCAGUCAGAGGGAGGCUUUUCCCCGGCAGAGUCCUUCCACAGCUCUAUCAGCGGCCAGGGGCUGCUGGGAGACGCAGGCCCCGGCUCCAUGUCCCCCUACGGCGAGUCUCACUACGGGGGGGGCUACCCGGACAGUGGAACGCCUCCUCACACCAGCAACCCACCACAAAAGAAGAAGAGGGCCAACCAGCAUACCAUUAGUCUGCUGACAGGGAAGCCAGAUUACCAGGCUAUAGCUGUAAGAAGUGAAUACAAGCCAGUACAAAAUAUGGUGUCUCUGCUGGAGUACCGUAAGAGGAAGCAGGGCAGCGGCCGUGACUCGGAGCCCGCCGGCAGCAGCUCGUCUCUGGGUGGGACCCCAACCCGCCCCGGCCUCCACUACAGCCAGGAUCCCCCUCAUCCCCAUCACCAGCACCUGCAGCCCUCCCCACACAGCUCCUUCUCAGCCCACUCCUCUGCCCCGCAGAUGGAGGAACUCAGUCCUCCAGACCAGCAGGGCUCGUCACGCCCCCCCCGACACCGGGACAACAACAACCAGUGGAUGGUGCCCACUGAUGUAGAGCGUCUGAGGGAGGGUCAGGGCGUUCUGGAGCGAGUGCUGCGCAGCAUUAAGAUGGAGCGCGGCUACAAGAGGAGUGAAGGCUCCUCAGAAAAGGAAUCUGAUGCAGAUCGAUAUGAGGUGGGGGCAGUGUCUCCCAUGACGAGCCCCCACAGAAACAGCCCCUCUGUGUACUCUCAGCAGGUAUGAACAUUCAAUCAGUGGGGCAAGCAUCCACACAAUAAGAUUAUAAUAGAAGCAGUUAAAUGUAAAUAUGGAAUUAAUAAGCAUUUUCUGACUUAUAUAUUUACAUAAACUCAUGUGUUUAUUAAUGUUUUAUUAUUAUUUAUUUAUUGUACACAGCUUGUGUUUCGUUCAGUUAGAAGACACACCGUUACCUGCUGGUACGGUCUUGAGUUGUCCAAUAGCAUUCAUAUAUUAAGUAACAAUGGGACUAUUUCUCAUCAUUCCCUCGUUUACCAGCAUUGCAUGCACCAGUGUUCCUCAGAGUGUGUGUGUGUGUGUGUGUGUGUGUGUGUGUGUGUGUGUG